AUGUCUACACCCCUGGAAGUCAAGCGGGCAUGCGACCGCUGCAGAAGACGGAAGAUCAAGGUAAAGGUGCGGUUGAUUAUCCAAUGUCUUGUCUCCUCUAUCUUCCAGCCUGAUGAUGAGACCCUAACUCCGGAACAGUGUUACUCUCCUCAGAUCAGGAGUGCAGUCAUGGAUAGACGCCUGAUUUGUGCACCAGUGCGACUCUACCAACCCAUACCGUGCUCCUAUGACUUGCCAAUCGGCAAAAGAGGCCCCAAGGGCCAGAGGACCCAACGCCAGGCCAGGAGUCAUGUGGCUAUUCUAGAGACCAGCACACUCGGGGAGCUGUGCGAUUCUGGUCGGCCCCAAUUUGACGGACUUGCGGUGCUCGAGAGGCUCCAGCGGGAACUAAAGGAGGCCAUUCAGCACGAGGUGCCCCGGAUCCCCGUUGGUACGAUAGCUCAGCAUUGCAUAUCGAUCCACUUCCGGCGAUCCUUUCCGAUCCUGCAUGAACCAAGCAUGCGUGCAGACGCAACGUACUUCUUCGGCGCGGAUGACGAGAUACCCCCGACAUAUCUCGCCGAAUACGCGGGCAAAGAUGGCCUGACCCUCAUGAGGUCUUUUGCAGUGCUGACAGCCUUGUGCGCCGCCCAGUCUUUCCUUCAUGCGAGAUCUACCCUUCCGUACGGCGCCGCUGUAGGGCCCAAGUUCCUCAGGGCAGCGCGCUGCAUGCUCCGUGAGUACGAAGAUGAUGACCGUCGAGAUCCCGAUGCCACUUCACUACAGAUUCGGAUGUUGCUGUCCACCAGCCUCCAACAGUACGCCGGCGAGAAUGGGCUGGCUUGGCACCUUGUGGGCGAGGCAGGCCUCAUCGCUCGCCGUAUGCGGCUCUACAAUGAAAGUGCCGUCAGCCAGUACUCUCCCUUGGAAGCGACUAUGCUCCGAAAUGCGUUCUGGAUGCUCUAUGUGGCGGACGCCUCUGCCACAUGUAUGAAAAACCGUGCCGUCAUCCUUCACGAACCUUUGUUCGACUCCGACAUGGACCUGGCGACUUUUGGCAUGAAUCAAGUGCCGCUGCUAGAAAGUGAAAAUAUUGAUACCCCAGGCGAGUUUGAGGUCAAUAUAUCGCAAGCCUUCCAUCAGAUGCGACGGACGUGGGUUGCUGCCGCUCGCCUGAUGCUGGCUAUUCGGGAGUAUGGGCGCCUGAAGUCAGACAACAAUCCCCCCGAGCUGGCCUUCGACUCGUCACAGUUUUCUAAUAUCACUCAAAUGUAUUCACAAUUCGAUGCCUCUCUUGACGAUAUACCAGCCACGCUUCAGCCAUCGGUAGUAUUUGGGCAGGAUGACGACACUGUCAUGGAAGAGGGGCGAUCAUGCUACAUCUCACUGCGUUACCGGCUCUUGUCUGCAUACUACUACGCGAAGCUCAUGAUAAUUCACGAGUGUAGACAUCUCGGCUUGACAUCUAUGGUUGGCUUUCGGGAUGAUGACUCUGUCCUCAAUGGCGAGGAGAUAAACGUGGCCCGGGAUUUCAUCAACAAUCUUCAGAGCAUACCAUUUCAUUACUUGGAAGAGCUUGGAGAGCCUGUGAUUGAGGUUAUGCGUGGUGUCGGAAGCAUCCUGCUUGCAAUAUCGCAAAAGUCAGAAAAUGCCCUUACCAGACGACGAGCACUCUCACAACUCAAUGUUCUUCUCGAUGUCCUCGCUAGGCUAGACUCACAAGCAUCGAACAAGUUGACUACACAAUUAUCUCAGGCAUAG